CAGGGAAUUGAACUGGCAAAAGCGCAACAAUGACCGACAGUAGCAUCGACGCGGCAGUCCAAGCGCUGAUCGACUCCAGCAAUGGCGCUCUGGAGGUGACGUCCGUGGAGAACAAGGACGGCGCCAAGGUCAGUCGCAUCAAGUGCACAGCGACAGGCCACGAAAUGCCUCCUCGGGCCGACAUCGUGACCGCCCAUGUGAACUCGAAGCGGUUCAAGAAGGCGACGGAAUGGUACAGCUACGACUUUUCGCAGUUCGAGCCGUACAUUGUGUCCCACCGCCGCAAGCCCAAGUGUCUCUUCUGCAACGUCACGGGGAUUGUGCUCAACAAGAUCCCGUCCGAGGUGGAAAAGCACAUGCAAGGUCGCAAGUUCGUGCGCAUGAAGGAACACGUCAAGUUCUUUGACGAAGCCGAAAUCGACAAGGACGACGAGGACUUUGACGCGAACAAAUUUGAGUUUCUGAAUCGGCAGUUGGUCGGAUCCGAGGACGAGAACGACGGGAACGACUCGGAUGACGACGCGCCAAAGCGCAAGGGAAAAACGGCCAACGACGGCGGGGAUGACGAAGAGGACAUUGACGCGAUCUUCUACAAGGACCACAGUGACGACGAUGGGGACGAUGCAAGUAUUGGCGACGAUGAUGAAGAAGACGACAGUGACAUUGCAGGGGACGACGACGACGAUGACACUGCGAAACCUACAGCUAAAUUCGUCAAGAAAGUGACAAAACCAGCACCGAAGCGAAAACAAGAGGUGCCAGCACCACCACCGAAGAAGGCGGCAAAAAAGGCGAAAAAGUAACACGAUGCUGUGACUUGCAAAUGUUGACUGUUUCGACACUUAUAACUGGC